AUGUGCGAAGAUGCUUACCUUGCCGGAUACCAUUCGAUAACACUAGUUCUGCAUCCUACGACCAAGGUUACAGUAAAUACUAGCGAGGAUAUGCUUGAAAAUGGCUUGGAAUAUGUCCAUGUAAUACAUAAUUCAAAUCCAAUGAUAACAACAAGUAGCGAUAGACUUUCAGACGAGAUUGAAUCCGACGAUUCGAAUGAAUCUGAUAUUACCCAAGGGACAGAAUCGCUCAAAGAUGAAAAGACUUUUUCAGAGAAAAAAUCAGAACCAUCCGAGUCUAGUCCCCUAAAAAUCACCGAUAUUCUCUUUCUACAACGAAAGGAACAAAAAGAAAUUGCAGAACUUUUAACAGAUAUUCACUCACCCACUAAUCAAGCCCCGAGAUACAAAGUAUCGGAAAGGAUUCCAGUCGAUCUGCUCAAAGAUAAACUGAAAAGAGAAUACACAUUGACCAUGAUGCAAACAAGAAAUUUUGCACUGGGUGGUCGGAAACCAAAAUUAUCAACUGAUAAAGACAUGAAAGCUUAUAUAAAAGGAUUGAAAGCCGCUUAUAGAUUAGGGGCGGUUUUUGCAUUUGCUUUAAGUCAUCCAGAACGCAUUACUUGGGACGAAAUAGUUGAAGCUACGUCUGCACCACCUGACAAAUUGCAAAAAGCGAUCAAAUUCGCAAUACGUAUUUAUGAAUUGUUCAAGAUUCUAGGCAACGAGGCAUUUAACAAGGCUCAGAAUAUGAGUCUCAACUUUAUGAACAGACUAGACGAUGAAGAAUACAGCGUCUUAAUCGAAUGCUUAAAAAGCAUCAAGAAAACCAAAUAA